AUGGGCGAAAUCAAGAAGGACUAUGGCUUUCUCGACGACUACUGUGACGAGGUCUACCCGGUGACGCACUUCUACGAGAAGGAGCCCCUCAAAACCUCGGUGGUCCUCAUCCCCUAUCAGGACAGAAAACACUGC